AUGGAGCAGUUCCAACCCACGUUGCGAAAUCUCUCCUGGCCAGUCAUUGUGUCAAGAGUCAUUUCCGUGGCAUUUUUUGGCUCCGGUCUCGUCGAAUGCCUUAUUGGUGCUGAAGCGCGGCACAGGCGAAAGGGCACCGAGUUGUCGUUGUUGCAAGCCGGCAUCCUGGCGCGGCUACCCUUCGCCUCAAAGAGGGCCAAGAGCCAAAGUGGCAGUGGGAAUACGCCCCUGGCAUUGGCAGAGGGAUGGUCUCCACCCUCCAUGCUCUCCAGGCAGCAUUCCGGAGAGUGGCCAUCUCGAGGGAGGGCACGUCAGCGCAAGAGGUCACGCACCUGGGGAUGUCUCUUUGGCUGCGGCACCCUACCGCGCGAUGCCACUCCUGAUGAGGCGAUUUGCAUCAGCCCCGCAGUGCCAUCGCCUCGCCCGGCGCGGCAGUUGCAUGCCGUCUUCAAGGAUCGCGCGCAGCGUAGCUCCAGCCGCCGCGAUGGUGUGGUGGAACAGAUCUGCUACAAAGGCCCCAAGAAAGGCCCGAUGCAGAUCGAAGAUUCCACCAGUCCACCGAGCAGAUGUCCAGGUUUUCCUUGCCGCCAACACCUUUUUCCUCUGGCCUGGAUCGGAGUUUGUCUAGUGGUGUCCUUGGUGUUUGCGAUGACCCUGGGCUUGGAGGAUGCGCGGGCCAUUGGGCUGUGUUGCUUCGCCAUCUUCGGAUGGUCGGCACAGCCGGGGAAGACACCCAUUGAGUACACGAGCUUGGCGUUCUUAGCCCUGUUGACAAUCACAGGUGCUAUGGAUUUUGCAGGAGCCUGGAGAGGAAUGUCUUCCGAAGGCAUUUGGCUGAUCUUCUGUGGAAUGGCCAUGAGUUUGGCCCUCACCGAGACCAGCAUCAGCCAGCGAAUUGCUCAAGUGCUUUGCCAAAGGAAGCCCACCUGGCCAUGGCUUCUUUUACGUUUGAACGUGGUGGGAGGGCUACUGGCGCUCUGUGUUCCAUCUCAGGUGGUGCGGUGUCAGUUGGUGGUUCCCAUCGCCCGCAGCGUGGUGAAUCAGCUGGCACUGGAACCCCUGAGCUGCCGAUCCUCUGCGGUGCUCAUUGCGCUGGCGGUGAGUACCAACCAUUGUGGUGCCGCAGUCUUGACGGGCGGACUUCCAAAUAUCAUUGCAGUGAGUGCCCUACAACAUUGCAGCAUUGAUGUCACGUGGGGAUUCUGGUUUGUGAGUGUAGAUACAGGGAACAGAGACUUUUUUUUUAGUGGACACUACCUGGAAACCAUCAGAAUGGCUCCUGUCUACUGGACCCUUAGCAUUGUGGGGAACACCCUGGUCCUCCUGUGCUUGACCCGCAGGGAGCCAGGUGAGUUGUCAUACGAUUGUGAUGCGGAGGCGUCAGAGGCGCAGGCGCUGACAAACCAGGCGAUUGGGCCCAUGACUAUGUCGGAAUGGGCAAUUUUGGCUGUCUUCGGGCUGUCCAUGGUCAUGUGGGCAACGGAUGUGUUGCACCAUAUUCAUCCCACCACAAUCAGCUUGGUGGCGGUCUUGAUCCUCUUCUGCCCUGCGACAGGUCUGAUUCCCUUUGAAAAGCUGAAGCAAGUGAACUUCCCGGUGGUGAUCUACACGGCGAGCCUGGAAGCGCUGGCGCCACUGCUGAACGCUGCGCCACGCGCCGGGAAGACGCUGUCCCACGCGGCGCAGGCAGCGGUGUCCGUGGGACCCAUGGGACCCUGGCGAUUGGCCGCGCUGUUCAUCGCUGGGAUGCCCUUGAUGUUGUGCAACGUCUGUGUGCCCGUGGCUCUGUUGGUCCCUGAACUCUGUCCCAGCCGCGGCCUUUCAGAUGCGGGGAUUGACCCGCGCCUGGGCAGCAUGAUCGUCUCUGCCAUGCCAUCCUGCGUGUUGCUGCCCUUUCAAAACGCACCGUUUCUCAUCGCCCUGAACAUCUCCCGUGACAUUUGCCUGGAGCGCCACUUCGUGUGGUGCCUUGUGGGCAAUGCGCUCUUCGGCUUUGUGGUGGUGCUGCCUGCCAUUUUGGCUUGGUGGUCCCUAUUGGGCCUUAAUCCCUGAGUCCCAGAUUUUUUUUUCGCGAAGAUUGGAUGGCUUGGGAAGCUUUGGGAUCUCAAAUGACGAGACCACGACAUUCUUGAGCCAUACUCAAUCUGAUUCUUUCGGCAAAGCCCUAAGUGAUCAAAUUAAUUGUAGAUGUGGCACUUCAGCCACUUAAAAGGACUUGUGAAGCCAAGAAGUCCAAAGGCCGAACCCAAGAUGUUUUUG